AGCUGGCCGCCCCCCGCCUCUUGUCGCUGUGGGAGCUUGAUGUUGUUAAUCAUGGCGGGUCUGAGGCAGACAAAGGCGUUGAGACCUACUCCUAAAGUGCAGAUUUAAGAAAGUUUCUCGCGUGGUGUUUUUCUCUUUUUUUGAAAGAAGGAAAAUUUAAAAAUAUAAAUGAAACAGCUAGCUCCUUACUGGGUAAGAGAAUGCACCCUGAUUAUGUUUAAAUGGAUGAGAUUAUUUCCAAGAAUCGCAGAGGAAGCUGAUAAGGUGCAGUAACACAAUGUCACACUACACAGAUGAGCCCAGGUUUACAAUUGAACAGAUUGACUUGCUGCAGCGACUUCGGAGGAGCGGGAUGGCAAAACGUGACAUAAUCCACGCGCUGGAGACCUUGGACCGACUUGACCAAGAGCACUCUGAGAAAUUUGGCAAACGGCACACCUACAACAACAGUUCCCACAGCAACAGCAACAACGUCUCUGCUUCAUCCUCGACAGUCACAGCCGCGACACAGACACAGCACAGUGGCGCGUCGCCAUCUCCGAGUAACAGCUAUGACACCUCACCACCACCGUGCAGCACUCAUCUGAAUGGGCGGGAGAGCUACAGCAACGAGAAACCGCCAGUGGCCAAUGGCAGGCUGUCACCUAACCGUUUCCACACAACCAGUAGCCAGAGGACAGGAAAUUUCCAUGCCAUGGAAGAAGAGACAGACCUGGAAGAAAGGGUUGAAGAGCUUAUGAGGAGGGACGGCACUGCUGUUAAAGAAGAGAUAAAGAGCUUUCUUUCUAAUCGGAUGAUUUCCCAGACUAUCGUGGGCCAGGUCACAGGCAUGAGUCGAAGCUUCAUUUCCCAGUGGCUCUUGCAGCAAGGACUUGACAUGAGUGAACCCAAGAAGCGGACUUUAUACAGAUGGUAUCUCCUGGAGAAGAUGAAUCCAGGAGCUACCCUAAACAUGAGGCCGGCCUCAUCCACCACAGAGGAACCAGAGUGGAAACAGUCAACACCACCUGUUGGUGCCACGUCAGGCAACUUCCGUCUCCGAAGGGGCAGCCGAUUCACCUGGCGGAAGGAGUGCCUAACUGUCAUGGAAAGUUACUUCAAUGAUAACCAAUACCCAGAUGAAGCUAAGAGAGAGGAGAUUUCAAAUGCUUGUAAUGCAGUUAUACAGAAACCAGGUAGGAAGCUGACAGAGUCCGAGCGAGUGACCCCUCUCAAAGUCUACAACUGGUUUGCCAAUCGCAGGAAGGAGAUCAAGAGGAGGGCAAAUAUUGAAGCAGCAAUCCUAGAAACUCAUGGCAUCGAUGUGCAAAGCCCAGGUGGACAUUCCAAUAGUGACGAUAUCGAUGGGAGUGAUUUCCUGGAGCAGGAUGACAACACGAGCCACAGUGAUCCCCAGCAAGAUCCUAUCUCUUUAGCUGUCGAAAUGGCUGCAGUCAAUCACACCAUCCUGGCAUUAGCCAGACAAGGGGGGAGUGAAAUAAAGAGAGAGGUGAUUGAAGAUGAUUGAAGCAUUGUUGGGAUGGACUAAGAUUUGGUGCAUCAUUGGACUGCCCUAUCUUUAAUGUAAUCUCAAUAUUUCUGUGUUUUGUUUUGAACUAGUUAAUAGGGUUCUCUUCAUCCAGAUUGCAGUAAGCUAUCAGGAACUGACCUGGGCAAAGGUUGUACCUCUCACCCAGAAGCCCUCCAUUUUCCUGAUCAAAGCUGCACCUCUGCACUUACCAUCCGUCUGUAAACAUUCCUAAGGAUGCAGUGCAUAAGCAUGAAGUAUUCCUGAGUGCAGCAUUCCAGACGGUAUGUACUCACCAGCCUGUAACUUCAAAAGAAUGCUUCUCAAACCUCUGUAGGUUUGAAGGGCUGUUCCCACUACUCUUGUUUAAUUUGAACCUUAAAGUAGUCCCGCAAACAGAACCAGAUGUCUGGCCUUGACUGAUUCUUCCUCCCAUGGUUUUGACCUGUAACAUCAAACAUUCCCACUUUAAAGUGCACUUUCCUGGGCCGAGUCUCCGAGGUUUGCCGAUUACCUGACCUUGAUUUUCACUACCUGCAUGGUUUGGGAAAUGAGAAGUGCUGAUUCGUUCAGAAUUACAGACAAGAUAUUUUCACUGUUGGAUUGUUGCUAACAAAUACUAGAACUGGAUAUCGCCAAGUUGUUUGGAGGUUCAUGGCAGAUACAAAAACAUUCCAGUGGCAACCUUCUCAUGCUAGUGGGUCACCAAAAAUUACAGACAGUUAGGACAUCUGUUAGGAGCGGUUGGUUUGGACAGCUGCAGGCAGUUGCUUGGAUAUUAAGUCCUUAUUGAACUGGGCAUCGCUGUAACAAGAGUGUCAGUAGCACCUUUAAUGUAACUAAUGUGCCUGACUCAAGUGAAGUUCAAGCAUGAACCUGGUGGAACAUCUGAUUUGAUUGAAUUUGUUGUAAGAGUCUGAUUGCACAUGUAGCCCGGGAGAUUGUCCUACAUGUUGCACGUGGAGAAUGUACCCACAACAACGAACCACCCUGAUUCACUUCCUCGAAUGUGCUUAAUUCAGCUCUUCAGGAGUAGACUGAUGAGAGCAUCCCUUUUGCCACGGUGCCAUUAAUGAACGCUUUUGCAUUACACAGGGGUCUAUACUUAACUCCAGUUCCUGCAUAGGCCAAAAAAAAUUCUGAAGGGACAUUGUGUCUCAGUCAUGUUUUAUUUUUGUGCAGUUUUAAUAGUAAUCAGAGGCAAGUUAAAGCUAUUAAUUUGUGUAUAGUAUUUCAUUAUGCAAUGCCCAUGUGAAUGUGAAACAAAGAUAUUCCACAUGCAGAAUCUUCCACUUGUAUGACAACAGAAAACACUGGAGACACAGCCCAACCAGAUGAGUAUCUGUGCAGAGAGAACCAGGGUUAAAGUUACAGGUUGACGACCUUCCUUCAGAACUGGAAAACAAAGUAACAAGUUUCUAGUAAUGUUGGGAUGGAAGGAAGGGACAAACACUACAUGAGAACUCCUUGUUUACUUCCACAGGAAGUUUAGCACAAAGGAGUCUGAUCCUGGAUAACCUUGCAAUCUAAGCUGGUAGGAGGAUUAUAGUUGAGGACCUUGUCAGACUGACUGUCUUAUAGCUCAAUAACCUCAGGUAUAGGUUGUCUGUGCUGCACAAUUGAUAAAGAGUGAAUGUGAGGAAGUGAAGACAAAUGGAACCUUUUUUAACAAGUUUCAUCUUCAAGAGAGCAACUGAAAAGGGAACAAAUAUACCCUGGGAGAUGAGGCACAAUUAUCCAUCCGUGUGCACUAGUAAAAGUUUGGCAUUUCCAAUGGAUUUUAUUUCAUUCUGGCUUGAUCUCAAACUCAAAUUGUGUUUCCAGGAAGGAACAUGAGGUAAAAGUGGAUGUGUUUGGGUUAUUACAGUGGAUGCACUGCCCAGUUGCAUUUGCAAUUGUUAUUUUACAUUCCUGCUACUGUCUGAUUUCAUCCUUGGAAUCUAGUGUAUGGGUUAGAAACCCAGUUGAUCCUAGCUCUUCUAAAGUCCCAUUGUAGAUUUCCACACUGUCCUAUUCCUUGGUAACUUUUGCUAUCCAUUUUUUGACUGAUUUGUUGGUCGUAAAAUCAGUUGUGAUUGUCACAGUUACAUUUGUCAACCUACAGUCUUGUCUCCCUUAGUCUCCCCGACAACCAAUACUCCUUUUGUGUAGAAUAGCUACAAUGCAGGAGAUGGUCAUUCGGUCUGUCGUAUUCAUGCUGGCUCUUUGCAAGAACAACUCAACUGGUUUCCCUGCCCUUUCCUUUCUUGAUAGGCCUUUUGUUUAGUUUUGCUUAUCCUAUUCCCUUUCGAAAUCUUGAAUGUGACUCCAUCAUACACUCAGGCAGUGCAUUCCACAUCUGAUCACUUACUACAUUUUUUUUUCCUCAUCUCGUCUUUAGUUCUUUUUCUCAUUCACCAUAUAUCAGUCUUUGAUCCUGUCACCAAUGGUACCAGUUUCUGUCUUUUCUGAAGACACUAGACCUUUGUCAACUCUCUUCACACUAUUGUCUUUUUAGAAUGGUGUUCUCAGCAAUCUUGAAGAUCUGUCAUCUCUGAAAGCAUUAUCAAAUCUUUUCCAAAUUCUCCCCAAAGCCUUCAUUUCCUUCCAGAGGUAUGGUACCAGAGUUGGACAAAAUAUUGCAGUUGAGAUUCAGGGUGUUACAUAAAGGUUCAACAAAGCUUACUUGUUUUUGUACUGAUUACUUAUAUUUAUGAAGUCAAAGAUCUGCUAUGUCUUUUUAAUUGCUUAGCAACAAACUCUGCCACUGUCAAUACCGUGCAUGCAUGUACCCCAGGUUUACUGCUCCUGCCUCCUCUCUACAAGCAGCCAUGUCAUAUUUUAUAAAAAAUAGUGUACAGGUUGGUGGCAACACAGACUAUCUCACAAGACCUGUUUUCAUAUCCCACUUUUUGCCUACUGUUCGUCAAAGUGACUGUGUACUUCUGUCCAAUGUGGUUUAGUACAGUUUGGACCAGUGUUCCCACAACGACAGUUUGACUCUCCAAGAUCCUUUGUCACAGUGAUUGGGGAUGGGCAGUAAAUUAUGGCCAUGCCCCCAUCUUGCAAUGACCAUUGAAAAGAUAAGCUGCUCUAUACAAUGGUCGAGCAAAUAGAGAAUGUGCUUGGGCCAUUCAGUGAGAGCUGCUGAAUGUAAUUAAUCAUCCACGGAGAAUGAGUGACAAAAAUAUUAACAGGAGCUGGUAUUUUGUGAUCCCAAAUUUAGUUGAUGGAUCAAGGAACUUCAGAAUUCCAAUCCAGAAUCUGGCUAGUAGGGCAAAUAGUGCAACUGCAUGCUACAAAUUAUGACAUUUAAUGCAUGCAGUGUGAGCUGCCAUUUGAAUGCCAGAAUUUGCAUGAGAAAGUGCUGGGAGGAAAUGAAACUAGCAAUCUCAAAAUGAUGAAUCCCUGCUUCAAUAAUCAUAUACCAUUAUCGAUUGUUAUUAUGUAACAUAGUGGGCAUAUUAGGUUGGAGUAUCACUCCCAGGGAUGAUAGAAAUAAUGAUUUAAGUAAUCGAUUCACCUUAGUUUUAUAUUUACUACAGUUUUCCUGGCUGAUCAGUUCAGCUAACAAAAUAAGUGUUUAUUUCCCAUGUACUCUUUGAGCUAAUGCUGCCAAACCUGUAAAUAACAUGUGGAAUAGAGACACUACUUUCUUAUGGUUUCAUUUGUCUUGUAAUAAGUGAUGUAUUUUUCUGCCAAGCAGAAAGGGAAUAUUCUAUAGAGUAAAUGAAGGAUUCAGGUUGAUAUAAUCCUUCCCUGUGUUAGAUGUUGUAUUUGCUAAUUUAGCAGCUGUACUUAUAUUUGUAAUACAAUUCCACCACCUCCCCUAAUACAGGCCUCAAAUGUUUUUCACCCAGCAAGAUUCUCGCAAAGUUAGUUUUCUGUUACUUAUUAUUUUGCACAGGAGACACUAGACAAUGUUAAUUUUAAUGAGCCAUGUUUUUAAGACACACUGGAUUUUUAUGAAUAAUAACCAGAUUUUCAUGAAUUAGAUCCCAAAAAGAGCUUCCCUUCGUAAGAGAUAAGUAAAAAGCACUGUUCCAGCAGUUGGCCAGUAUUAAUUGUAGGUGUUAUUGUGGAACAGAUACCGGUAGAGUACUUUCACAACCCAUUUCAACAUAAGAAGCAUUUGUAUUCGUAGCUGGAGUGUUAAAACAACAACUGUUCAUUUCCAGUUAGGAUUGUUAGACAAACAACUCCUGCCCUUAUGUUUCUCAGAACUCCAGAGAAACCAAUGGAUCACAAUGAGGUGGCUCUUCAGACCAGUCAUGAAACUGAAAUAGAGAGUGGGGUAGAUCCAAUUUCAGAAACUGGUGUGGGAAUAUCAACAAAGUACUCCGUGUACUUGGUUCCCCUUUAAUAACAGAUAUAAAAUCAACCAAUCAAUUUCUCCUGAUUAUUGUGAAAAACAAAACUGGCCGGAGAUAGGGAAAUGAUGCAGAAAAGGAUUAGCUAUCAUAACUUGGAACCACAGAAACUUAAUGUUUAUUGCGUCAGCCAGCCUCAUGUAGGGUUAGUUUGUGCAGCCCUGUAUGUCUCUGCUUCAACCAUUAGUAAAUAUGAAAAAUAUUCAGUGAGAGAGACCAUUUCAUCCUCUGCUGUUCUGGUAAAUCAAUUUUGUAAUUUUAGUUGG